CAUGGUGCUUGUUCUAAUAAUCGGUGACCUGCACAUCCCACACCGCGCACACGAUCUCCCAGCCAAAUUCCGGAAACUGCUUGUUCCAGGAAAAAUUCAACAGAUCCUUUGCACAGGGAAUGUUUGUGACCGCGAGACCUAUGAGUACCUGCGCACCAUAGCAGGGGAUGUAUAUGUUGUCCGAGGGGACUAUGAUGAGAGCGCCAGCUUUCCGCCAUCUGCGACCAUAGUGCAUACCCCAAUACGAAUCGGAGUGAUUCAUGGGCACCAGUGCGUGCCCAAUGGCGAUCUCGAUGCACUCAGUGCAUUGGCACGGCAAAUGGAUGUAGAUGUGCUCGUUUCAGGGCAUACGCAUACGCAAUUGAAUACGAUGGUCGUUUUCUUCGUGAACCCUGGGUCCGCUACUGGUGCAUGGACAGGUUCAUACAACGGUGAAAUAACACCAUCUUUUGCACUCAUGGACAUCCAGGGCGCUGUUGUUGUCACGUAUGUGUAUCAGCUUGUGGAAGGCGAAGUCCGUGUCGAGAAAAUUGAGUAUCGGAAAGAAGUUGAGGCGCCCAAGCCAGCCCAGUCACAGUCAGCGACAUCAAUUCCCCAAAGUGGGGUACUGCCACAGAAUAUACCGAGCAUUCCGCAGACAGGGCAAACGUUUUGGUGAGCAGGGACGUGUAGAAUAUUGUUUGUUCAGAUGUGCCUCCCUUACCUAUGUGAAGUUCCGUAUGAACAGUAAUUUUUGGGAUAGAAUUCUGGUUCUUAUGGCACCACCUAUAUUGAACAUCUAUUAGAGUGCGGCAGAUAGCAUA